UGUCGAUCCGCAAGGCCGUCAGUGAUCUCGAUGCUAAGGAAGUGCAUGUUCAUGUCCACAAACGUGAGCACCGGUACGGGUUCGAUACCUCUGACAACAAGGCCGAACCCUUGAAGCUGAUCAACAACAGUAUUCCCACGAGCUCCGAGGGAACGUCUCAGGGUCUGAAGAUCCGAUCAUUCGUACUCGCG